GGCGGGAAGAUCCCUCCCUCCCCCAUCGAGAACUGCUCCUCCCCGCCUGCCAACGCCACCCUCGCCCCCUGCGCCCCGGAGGGAGCCACCCGCUACUGCUCCGCCCUGGUCUUCGCCGGCUUGGUCCUCGUGGGCUUGAGCGUGGGCUCUGUCAAAGCCAACAUCACUCCCUUCGGCGCUGACCAGGUCAAAGACCGAGGUCCAGAAGCCACAAGAAGAUUUUUUAAUUGGUUUUAUUGGAGCAUUAAUUUGGGGGCUAUUGUCUCCCUUGGAGGCAUUGCGUACAUUCAACAAAAUGUCAGCUUUGUUAUUGGAUAUAUUAUUCCAACAGUUUGCAUUGGAAUUUCAUUCAUGGUAUUUUUGUAUGGUCAGAGUUUCUUCAUCACAAAGCCACCUGAUGGUAGCGCCUUAACGGACAUGUUUAAAAUUCUGGCAUACUCGUGUUGCUCACGAAAGAGAUCCAGUGAACACCGAACUAACAGAGAAAUUCAGGAAGUACUGCAGCAACCUCGUAAACAAAGCCUAUUUGAGAUGGCAAAGAUCUCUCGUGGAGGGCUGUUCAGAGAAGAUAAAGUGGAAGAUGUGAAAGCCCUUGUCAAGAUUAUCCCUGUCUUUUUGGCUCUGAUACCUUACUGGACCGUGUAUUUUCAAAUGCAGACUACAUAUGUUUUGCAGAGUCUUCAUCUGAAAAUCCCUGAAAUUUCAAGUGUCACUACCCAUAUUCAUACGUUUCCUGCAGCCUGGUUGACUAUGUUUGAUGCAGUGCUUAUUCUGAUCCUAAUACCCUUAAAGGAUAAACUGGUAGACCCUAUUCUAAAAAGGAAUGGUUUGCUCCCAUCAUCUUUGAAGAGGAUUGCAGUUGGAAUGUUCUUUGUGAUGUGCUCCGCACUUGCAGCAGGAAUUUUGGAAGGUAACAGACUGAAUAUUGUAAAGGUUAAAACAAUUAAUCAGACAAUUGGAAAUGUUACAUACUAUGCUGCUGAUUUGCCAAUAUGGUGGCAGAUUCCUCAAUAUGUACUGAUUGGAUUUAGUGAAAUAUUUGCAAGCAUAGCAGGCUUAGAAUUUGCAUAUUCAGCUGCUCCAAAAUCCAUGCAGAGUGCCAUUAUGGGGCUGUUCUUUUUCUUUUCUGGGAUUGGGUCAUUUGUUGGCUCAGGACUUCUGGCGUUAGUGUCUAUUAAUGCAAUUGGCUGGAUGAGUAGUCAUACAGAUUUUGGUAAUAUUAAUGGCUGCUUUUUAAACUACUAUUUUUUCCUGCUGGCGGCUAUCCAAGGAGCAACCCUCCUACUUUUCCUUAUUGUUUCUGUGAAAUAUGAUCAUCAGAGAUCAAGGACUAAUGGAGUGGCCACCAGUAGGAGGACCUGAUAUUCUGUGAAGUGGAAGAACAGUUUAUUAGACCAGCACACAAUAAAUUAACUGGCAAUGAACUGACUGCAAGAUCUUAAAACUGUUCUCCAGUGGGACUGCUCCUUAAGCUUGUAUGUUACAUGAGUUCUCAUUCUUUCCCCUUUCCCAGUAGGUAAGUGCCUUAUUUGGUGAAGCUCGUAUGCCCUAUUGGUAGGGCAAAUUCAGAUCUUGGAAGUGCAUUAACUCUAGGUAUUACAGGUGCUGUGCUCAUGCUGACAUUCGGACUACUUAACAUCUUUGGAAACUGAACAUAACUAGUACGGAAACCAUUGUAGUAUAAGGUUCACUCCUAGCUGAACAACUUUGUUCAGUUAAGGAAGGUGGAUGGGGGAAGAGGAUACUUUUAAGCAGUCUUUAUUAUGUUCAUGGCACCUGGUUUUUUCCAUAAAAUACUUUAAUUUCUUGAAGUUCUGGGUAUAGUUCAAGAGGCUCAGUGAAAUAAGUAAGAAAUCUCUAAAUUUUAAAAAAUUGAGGCAACUAAAUUGUACAAGUCAGUUUUGGGGCAGGUGGGAGCAAUCUGAACUUUAUAUUAGCCUGGAUAAAAAGGGAUGGCCUAUAUGUAAUUAAUCUGUUACAAAUAGGACAAAUGUUUAAAGCCUACACUUCAGUAUUUAACAUAAAUGGCCUUGGGUGCAUUUGGAAGAUACAGUAGGUUAUUUUGUAGCUGCUAUAAUUUUUGAUACAUGUUAAACACUUUGGGGGACUGAACAGGUUCUAUUCCAGAAUUUAUUUUAUUUUUAGGUCACAGUUAGGUUUAUUAGAUCAUAUGAGAAACUUGUGUCCUUUGAACAACUAAGUCUUUUAUCUAAGGUUAUCAUUCUCGUUAUCUCUAUUUAAAGGUACUUCAGUAUUUUCAAGGGUGUGAAAAUAAAUUGGAGAUUGAAUUUCACUUGGCUUCUUAGUAAAUGAAUGUGUAAUAUCUGUUGGAGGUCUCAUAGCCCAAAAAUCCUGGUGUCUUUUAUGUAAUUCUUGCUAAUGUGUUACAGGGCUAGUACCUUUCAGCAACACAUUCCUAUUACAGAGUAAAUGUAAUUCUCAAUCUUUCAGGCUGUUCAACUUUAAUUGCUUCACCCUUUUGUAUUUAAGACUGCAUAUGCAAGGUGAUAUAGAAAGCAAUAUUUUGCAAGUGAUUAUAAAGAAAACAAACUGAAAAAUUAAUAUUAAAUGGUGUAGUGUGUGAGCUUUUACAAUUUUUUUCACAUUUAAAUGUUAAAUAUUUUUCAGUGCAUAGAAUGUCCUUUUAAUGAGUUUACAAAGCAAAACAAACUCUUGUGCUGUGACUGACCCUUUGUUCCCAGGUGAAUAAAAUUACAAUGCAUA